GUGACAUGUCACCCGCCCCCAGCACUCCCACAGCCGCCCUGUCCCCUCUGCCACACCUGGGCUACCUGUGCUCAUGGCGGCCCCGCCCCGUGCGGUCACACACACACACCUGGCUGUGUCAUUAGGGAGGGGGAGGGGUGAUUAGGCGGCACACACCCUGGACGGCUCGGCGGUUGGGAUCGGGUGUUGUGGAGAAGGUGCGGAGCUCUCGGUCCAUGGAGUCCGGACACUUCCUACUACAAGGACCCCCCUCACUGUGCUGGGACCGGGUGAGAGGACUGGAGAGGGCGGGAGAGUCGGGGCUGGACACAUAGUAAUGCUUCACUUUUAAUGAGCAGACUGGACAAAGUUAUCCCUAAAAAUGCAUCCUUUUUUCUCUUUCCCAUUUGGGUCCAACAGAGCUGCCCGGAGCUCCAGGUUGAUAUUCUUCAUGUUUGUAUUUGGAGUGAUGCUCUUCUGUGCUGGCUUCCUCUUGUCCAUCUUUGGAUUUCAGACCUGCCAGUUGGACAAUUUCAACAAUUGCAGUUUGACUUUUAAAGUACUGGGGCCUGCCCUUGCAGUGAUAGGACUGGCUUCUGUUGUGAUGGCAAGAUCUAAAGCCAGGCUUGAGGCCAGCAGAAGACAUUCUGAAGGCGAUCAGACUGAUCCGGACAGCUUCUUUUUCUGUGGUGAAAGCCGUCAGUUUAUACAGUUUUUAAUAUUUGGAUUCUUGUUUGUUGCCUGUGGAAUACUAGUUAGUGUUCUGGGUGUUUGGAUACCUGGGUGUGGUGCCGUUUCCUCAGGCCAGAAUGGUACCGUGACAGGAACAUCUUAUAGAAACUGUGGACUUCUUUCUCUGCAAAUAAUGGGACCUUUAAUUGUUUUGAUUGGGUUGUGUUUCUUUGUGGUGGCCCAUAUAAAGAAGAAGCGCAGUUUUUCUGAUAAUAAUGAAUCGAUUAUAGAUGAGGAACCACAGUCGCCAACAGAUGAACCCUUUCAAAUAACUGUAGGUGAUGCUAUUAUAAUUUUCCCGCCACCCCCACCUCCCUAUUUUGCUGAUCCUUCAUCAUCGGGGACUGGCCAAGGAACUCCUUUACCCAGGAGUGACAAUCCACCUUCUUAUAACAGUAUUUUUAACAUAAGGUCUUGUAAUAUUGGCCAAGGAAGCAUUGGAGACCAAGAAAGUAUAUACACCAUUUCACUGCCAAGUGAACCCCCUGAGGCUUAUACUAACCCUUACUUUUCAUCGGACCCUCCACCAAAAUAUGAAGAGAAGGAUCCUGCUUUACCUGAUCCAGAAGCCACAUCAUCGCCAUCAACUUUAAAUGACUCUGCGGAGUCUGCCCCUAAUCCUCCUCCCCCAAAUCCCUGAAAUGGAAAAAGACUUGGCCAUGUUUUUUUUUUUUUUUUUAAAUGCAUAGUAUAUUUUUAUAGUAAAGACCAUCUAAAUAUAUUCUUUAAAAUUAAGGCUUUCUCCAGACUUCUCAUUCUUGGAUGCUUGUGUUGUAACAGGAAGUGGAAUCCUAAGGAUGAAAUCAGACUUGUGUGCCACAUCUUGGUUAUGAACCUCUAUAAUAAGGCCUAUCAAAUUUUGCUUAGGCACUCGCCAGUUUCUAGUAUGAUGUGAAGACUGGAAGUAAAAUCUAUGCACUUGUGUUUCCAGCUCCCCCCUUAAAGCCAAUAUCAGGAGGACUAGCUGUUCACUAAAAUGAUUUUUUGUUUAUAUUAAGUGGACCUGUCUUUUAACCUGCUUCUUACACAAAAUCUGUUCUAAGAACACUUCUGGUGAUCCACCAAUGUGUUCUGACUUUUAAAAUUAUGCAGUAGAUUUAUGUGCAAUAGAGAUUUAUACUAUGUAUGUCCUGUCAAACUGGUUUUCUUUUUCACAUUGGAGCACUCACUGAGUCAGCCAAAAAUGUCCAGUCCUGCAGUGUGACUUGCAGACUAUCUGCUUGUAUCCUGAAACAUUCAGCAUUUCAGGACGAUAAAAACACCAGUGUCGUAAA